UACAGAGUCGCUUGGAGCCGUCAUCUUUUACCGCUGAAGCCGUCUUAAGUCAGAAGAAAUACGACUUUAUUUGCCUUGAGAUAAGGCUGCGUCUUUAUAUUUCAGUCGAAUAGGCGUUAAUUAUGGCACACAAGUUUCCGAUUAAUUUCUGCAGUUGGUAGCAUACGUCACGAGGUAGUUUUACGAUUUUACACGGUCUAUCUGCAUCCCCAUUCGUAGUGAUUGUUUUGGUUCUGAACGUAGCAAGACGUAUAAAGACCGAGAGGGAGGAAACGUAGCCUAUACGUACCAUGAUUAAAGUGGCACCUCCUACAGAUCUAAAAAUGACUCAACUUUAAAACUUUGGUUUCAAAGUGACCAAACUAUCCAUUAAGAAAGUAAUUUGCGUGUAAAAAUAUUGCUUAGGUUCUCAACUCGAGCAGGCAAUCAGUUCGUUAGUUUGUCUCUUAGAUUAGCCUAUAUAGCUACUUAGACUUGCUCAUGCUGUUAAAAUAAAGACUGUCAUUGAGGUAAUUCGAAUACACUGAAUGCUGUUAGAAGUUGUGCGCUUACAAGGAGGCUACAAAAACAUGAUUCGGAUGUUCAGAUGGACCCUUUUUAUUAAACAUUUUCCAAAGGAGGUUAGGUGAAACAAGAGUGCAUAAUCAAUCAACUCUCAUGCGUUAAUCUUUUUUCAGAUGAAAUACGCCUUCCGAGAUGGUUCUCAUUUACUGCAGCUCUGAGACAAGCUAACAUCGUAUGUAAUUAUCAUGUUUAUUUCAACCAUAUAUAGGUUAUGCUUUGUGUAAUGUGCAUUCAGUUCACCCCGCGACUCAAGUUUUAUUUUCCUUAUUUUAAGAGAAACAAUUUACAAACUUGAGAGGGAAAAUCCUUUGAAAAAUACGGCCGGGGGAAAAUAUAAAGAACUAAAAAUAAAGCGCUGGUUUCUUCUCCACAAAGAAUCAUUUGAACUUCCCACCGCAGAGCGAGCGGGACAUAAAUAGUUUUGACAUGUGGAUGUAAUUUCUGAAAAAAGGGGAAAAAACAGACAGAUGCAGGGAAAUAAAAAAGAGAGUGAGCUCAGUUUGAAUGCGUUACAGAUUUGAAAGCGGGGGAAGCCAAGAUAUUAUUUUUAUAUAUAAUUUUACGAGCCACAAUCCGCUACGCUAUGGGGAAACAGAUGGAUUAAAAAUGACUAGCUCUGUGGCACCGAUUUGAGUGGAUGAAAACGUCUGAGAAAACACAUUUAAGUGACAAACUGUAUGCUUUCGUAUAACGGAUCUUGGAGGUUUAGUUAUGGGAUCCACUCUACUGUUCAACAGUUUGGGCAUUCUUCUAUGUUGCUCGAUCCUGAGCAGCGUCUACGGUUUGGUCGAUGCUGAUGAUGUUCUCACCAAAGAGGAGCAGAUGUACCUUCUGAUCAAUGCCAAGCGCAGGUGCGAGAGAGCCAUCAAGUCCAAACAUAAAUUGCCAGAUGCUUUCUGCCUGCCAGAGUGGGAUGGCAUUGUCUGUUGGCCGGAGGGUCCCCCAGGAAAGAUGGUGUCCACUGCAUGCCCAGAAUACAUCUACGACUUCAACCAUAAGGGGCAUGCGUAUCGUCGCUGUGACAUGAAUGGAACAUGGGAACUGGCCACCAGUAACAAUAAAACCUGGGCUAAUUACAGCGAGUGUGCCAAAUUCCUGCCCCACUACAACCAGAACCACGAGAAGGAAGUUUUUGACCGCCUGUAUCUCAUUUACACUGUGGGUUAUUCUGUCUCCUUGGGAUCGCUCAUGGUAGCUGUUGUCAUCUUGGGAUAUUUCCGACGGCUACACUGCACCAGGAACUACAUACACAUGCACCUGUUCGUCUCCUUCAUGCUGCGAGCCAUCAGCAUCUUCGUGAAAGACGUGGUCCUGUACUCGGGCUCGGCCUUGGAGGAAAUGGAGCGGGUCAGCCUGGAGGACCUGAAGUCCAUCACCGAAGCUCCGCCUGCUGACAAAGCUCAGUUUAUUGGCUGCAAAAUGGCCGUCACCCUGUUUCUGUACUUCCUGGCCACAAAUUACUACUGGAUUCUGGUGGAGGGCCUGUACCUCCACAGCCUAAUCUUCAUGACAUUCUUCUCCGACAGAAAAUAUUUAUGGGGAUUCACUCUCAUUGGAUGGGGGGUUCCAGCUGUAUUUGUGACGGUGUGGGCAAGCGUCAGAGCCACUCUGGCGGAUACAGAAUGUUGGGACCUCAGUGCAGGAAACCUUAAAUGGAUUGUCCAAGUUCCAAUUUUGGCUGCAAUAGUGGUGAAUUUUGUAUUGUUCUUGAAUAUAAUCAGAGUUCUGGCAACAAAGUUGAGAGAGACGAAUGCAGGCAGGUGUGACACCAGGCAACAGUACAGGAAGCUGUUGAAGUCCACGCUGGUCCUCAUGCCUCUUUUUGGAGUCCAUUACAUUGUUUUCAUGGCCAUGCCUUACACAGAAGUCUCAGGGGUCCCCUGGCAGAUACAGAUGCACUACGAGAUGCUCUUUAAUUCAUUCCAGGGAUUCUUUGUGGCAAUAAUAUAUUGCUUCUGUAAUGGUGAGGUCCAGGCGGAAAUUAAAAAAUCCUGGAGCCGGAGGACACUGGCCUUGGACUUUAAGAGGAAGGCGAGGAGCGGCAGCAACACGUACAGCUACGGCCCCAUGGUCUCGCACACCAGCGUGACCAACGUGACGGCGAGGGGCCCCUUGGCCCUGCACCUCACCACCCGGCUGGGGCCCGUGUCCAUAAACGGCCACCGCAACCUCCCGGGCUACGUGAAGAAUGGCUCUGUCUCGGAGAACUCCAUCCCUUCCACGGGACAGGAGGCGCACAUCCCCGAGGAGGACCACCCGAACGGGGCCGGGCCCGCCGAAGAGGAAAAGCCUGCGCCCCUGGUGGAGGAGGAGAGGGAGACGGUCAUGUGACCUCCCGAGCCUCAGUUUUAACAUCGAUGGCUGUUGAACUGGUUGAAAUAAACAUGAAAGGGAGGGAGAGUACUUUUUUUCUCAGGACGGUGUACAAAGACACAACAACACUAUAACAAAUCUGACAUCUCUGAAGCACGAUCUGAAGCUGGAUAUUGUGAAUCAGAGAGGUAGAAAGCAUUCCGUUAGGGGAUGCUGUGUGGGCAAUCACACGUAAGCCCAGUUGUGGAUCACAGGUGUCUCUGGGGUUCCACCAGUAACACGAGGAGCUAUCAGGUCAAAAACAAACAUAAAAACAAACAGGUAGCCUGUGAUGUGGCACUUCUUACACGCUCCUAUUCAUCUUUUCUGCUUACUUUAUUGUGUUGUAAUGGCUUUGAUUCUGUAAUGGCUGUAACAAAUCUUUUAACUCCUAUCAUUUCAAUGCUUACCCCAUGGUGUGGGUAUUUUAUGUGAAAUCUGUCAUGUUUGACAUAUUCUGGAAUGCAGCUAGGUAACGCUUACCAGGCCUGGAAGACCACAAUUCAUUCUUGUCCCUCUCAGGCCUAAAAUGAAUGAAAAACAUUUGUAAAAAAACACACAAAGCACCACUGUUUGCAUGUUUUUUUUAAAUUGUGGUUAUUGAUUGGGAGUGAUCCAGUGCAUGGCUGGAUUCGGUGUAGAUGGAUUUUCUCUCACUGUUGGGCCGAAGGGAAAAGGCUACUAAUAGUUUGGGGACUGUCCGAGAGGUGGAAGACAGACCACUGCCGUCUGUCACCUUUGAGUGACAGUUACAGUGACAAAUAAUCUUUCUGUGUUUAAUGUCGUUGGAUGCUUGCAUUCAAUUGGCUUCUGCUUCUGCACAGUGGUUCUGACUCAUUUCUCCGCAGACUUAAUCUCAGAGCUUGGACAGGAGUUUUGACUCAAGUGCCCAUUUGAAAAGGACUUUGAGAUGGAAGGAUAGCAACAAAGCUCACGUCACUGUCAACUGAGGAAGUGCCCAAGUAUGGAGAACAGUGCUAUUACCUGUAGGAUGGUUUGCCAUGUAAGACACUGUCAGGUGCUGACAUGCAUUUUUAUACAGGAAUAUUUUUUUCAGGGCUGUUUGGAAGAGAAUUUUUUUAAUUUAGUCAUUUGCAGCAGGGGUAAGAAGUUCUUGGCCAAAGAGGGUUCGAAGCUUAAGAAAACAUCUCAUUUUAAAACUUGGUUCAGAUGAUUAUAUUGACCAUGUGCAUUCCAUUUCUAUUACAUUACAGUUAUAAACACAGAUGAAAAUAUAGUAUUUGAAACUUGUGGUCAGUAUUAGAUUUAUGUUGCACUAAAUGUAUUACAGAUUUGUGUCUGUGGCUAGUAAGUACAAAGGAUGCAUGUGACACCUGAAGUCUAUUGAAAAUAAAACAUGUCUGCAUUGCCAGGUAGCUAGUCAAGCAUCCCUUAAAAACCUCUGGAUUAUAAAACUAGUGCUUGAGCCUUUUAAAUGCUGAGGCAUGUAUGAGCAAGUCAGACCAUUAGUCAACGAUUAUAAUUCCAAACAAAUAAUGAGAGUCACUACAGUUACACUACAUUGUAAACAUAUUAAAACAAUAAAUAAACAAAUAAUAUCUAAAUAGAAGGAAUGGCACACGUAUUUAGUGUACGGUCCAGUGUUAUGCUGCUUUUCUUGUAUAUAUGUUAAAUACUUUCCAUUAAAUAGAAGUCACAAUGUUUACAAGUUCCAUCUAGUUGUGAUUCACAUGUUGAGGUACAAGUGUGGUGGUGUACAAUUACGAAGACUGGAAAGUAAUGUGGAAGAUUAAAAAUGUACGUUAUAUCUUUUUAACACGGUCACAAAAUGUCAUUUGUAAAGGUGCUUUGGUGGUAUUAUACAUGGUAAAUUAAUGUCUUAAUAAUGUUGGAUUAUGUUGUAUAUUAAGAGUAGCUAUUCAUUUAAAAUGUUUUUUGGAUAAUUUGUCAAUGAAACGUGAACAAAAUAAACACAGGUUUUAAAGAAUAUUCAAAACACUCAUUUGCAUUUUCAAUAUAUGUAUGAUAAGUAUAUGGUUUAUUUCUCAUUUCAGUAAUUCAGAGAGAAAUUGUCACAUUUUAAAGAGCUUAAUAACCAUGUGGAAAUAUUAAUCCCUAUAUUGAUAAAGGUUUCCCUAUACAUUAUGCAUCUAACUAUAAUGUAUUUAUAAUGUAUUAUUGAACUCAAUUGCUGAUGUAAGAAAUAUCUAGAACUUGUCUCAGUUGGUGUGAACAAAAUAAUCCUGGCCAAAAUCAAUUUUAGUCUGCUGCAAUGGGUUUCCCAAUACUGUUUGGUGUCUGCUCAAGUGGAAACAAUUAGCAAAAUUACUGGAACUAUAAAGAGGCAAUUUAAACAAAGAACACAUUUAAUAUUUUCAAUAUGAGCAUAUUUAAGCACUUUAACACCCCCCUCAUAUGUACUAUUGAUUGUAUCGUGUAUACUGAUUGUGGAUGUAUUCAGUCAGUAAAAUAUCAUGGAGAUUCUACUGAUGUGA